AUGGUGGGCAAAAUCAUGAAUCGUGGAGGUAUAACGAAGGAUAUGGCGCGGUUUACGCUGGGCCGCAUCACGGAGAAUCGACUCAUGCUGAAGAAGCCAGGCCACACACUACGAACCGCAUCACAUGUGUUGCUUGGAAAGUUUAAGGAACAGUUUGGAAAUGAGCUGCGUAUUGCUUUUAUCGUUGGUAGCCAGCUGACGUGGGAUCAGAUGGAGUUGCUGGCGGACCUAGACGUAUUUACCGUGGGCACCUACGGCGCAUUGGAGGCAGGGGGCCUCAUCGCCACUGACAUUGACGUGCCGCUCCGUCUGAAGGCGCUUCCGGCGGUUGAGAUUCGUGUUGUGAACGAAAAAAAAACGAGAUUGUCGCGCCUGGGGACAUCGGCGAGGUGCUCGUGGAGGCCCCGCACGCCAUGCAGGGGUACUUUGACGUCCACAUCGACCCCGAGCAGGUGA